UCCAUUCAUCAAAGAAGAGAGAGAGAGAAAAAGAGAGAGAGAGAGAAAAAAAAGAGAAGUGUUUACUCUUUUUUUUUUUUGUCUCUCUUCUUUUUUUUUUACGUCUUAUGCAAUCUACUCGAUUCAAUAUCUAUGGAAUUAUUCUUGCUUGUUUGUUUCUAGUAUUUGUGCUCUAUCAAGUAAAGAGUAGUCAACGCACGACAAGCAAAGCAUCUGCAGAAGCUGAUUACUUGAUUAAUGAUCAACAAGAAUAUUUUAAAACAAACUCAUCCAUUUCACCAUCCAGUUGUCAAUGUCCUUCUUUCUCUGGUUUAACUCAUAAUCAAACAUUCGUUGAGCAUGGAGAGAAUACGCCUGUAUUUGUGCCUGAGACAAUGCCUAGUAUACCACAAGAUAUUCUGGAUAAAUUAGAGGCCAAUACAUAUGAAGAUAAAUCAGUGAUUAUCACAAUAGCAGGUUACACAACAAGAAAAGAGCUCUACAAUUGGAUGGAACUCAUGAAAGCAGCUAAAGAAGAUCAGUUUGUCGUAUUUUGUAUGGAUCCAAAACUGUAUUUGCAUUUGGUUGUCACUGGCCAUGAAGAAAAGGCUGUCUUAAUCCCAGAGGAGUGGUUUGUCAAUGAUAGUGUCUUGUUUAGAAAUAGCACAGAGCUAUUGCUAGAUGAGGCUCGAUUAUCGCAUGUCAAGACAUGGGUAUUACAGCGAUUGGCCUAUAGGCAAGAUAGACACACCUUAAUGCUUGAUACCAAUCAAGUCAUGUUGCACGCUCGUACAAGGGAAUAUAUGCAUACAUUGCUUCAUAUGCGCGAAGAUACACAGAUAAUUGCUACACAAGACAGUCCACAGACUGUCAAUACAGGCCUUGUAUUUUUGCGCAGUGAUCCCAGUCAAGAAGUCAAGCGAUUGUUAGCAAGUACAGUUCAAAUUCAAGAGGCUUAUCCUAGUCUAAAGCAACAAGAAGCAUUCAAUUAUGCAUUAAACCAAUCAAGGUUAGAUGUCAAGGCAGGCAUGCUAGUCUUGUUGGAUAUGAUUCAUUUCCCUAAUUAUUUCGAUCUUAAGAAAGUCAAAGGAAUUCAACCUUACAUUGUUCAUGUUAACCAUAAGACUGAUCAAGAGAGAAUCAAUGCCUUGAAGAAGCAUGAUUUCUGGAAGAUCAAUGAUGAUUUUGUAGAUGGAGCUAGUCGUCAAGUAGAAGAGAUGUAUGCCAGACAAAGACAACGACUAGAGCAAUACAAUGAAUAAGUCAUGUGAUGAAUAAUUGGCUAUAAAAAGAAAAAAAGAAAGUGCUUUGUUCUCUUCCUCUUUUUUUUUUUUAAAG